GAUGGCUUGCCCCUCCUCUCAACCCUCAACCGUGUUUGGCAUCGUUGCACUCCAUCUCUAUCCCGUCGGGUCUGUGGGUUGGGCAAAUGCCAGACACUACUGGUGUGUCGAUGCUCUCGGCCAGCAGCCAUCCAUGUUGCAACUCCGACGCAUGACAAAGCACAACGUCCGCAGGCCGAACUGCACGUGUAGGCAACGCCAUGUAGUAGGUACGGCCUCGUCGAUUAUAUAUCGAGGGCGUGCGACGCCUGGUCGGUUCUCUUCAUAGGCCUCAAGCACAUCAAGAAAGCCACAGCAUAAGAAUCGCUAAGCUCCUCGUCUUGCAACGUCCAAAACAACAACACACCCGCUUCUUCAUCCAAACAUUCACCGUUAAAAAUGGGUGUCGUCGCCGUGGCCGGAGGAACCGGUGGAGUCGGAAAGACCGUCAUCGAACAGCUGAUUCUCAGUGGGAAGCAUGAGAUCUAUAUCCUCGGCCGCACUGCACCCGCCGAGCAAGUUUGGGAUGGCCCCAAGUUCAUCAGCGUGGACUACACCAACGUCGCCUCCCUUGCUGAGACCCUCGAGUCUCACAACGUCGACACCGUCAUUAGCACCAUCAUGCUCGACGAGACCACCGAGAAGGCGCAGCUCAACCUGAUCGAGGCCGCCAAGCGGUCCGACAAGACAAAACGCUUCAUCCCCAGCGAGUUCGGGGCCGUCAACACGCCAGAGUUCGCCAAGGUUGAGUCGUUUGCCGGGCCAUGGGUUCGCGCCGCCGACGCCCUCAAGGCCUCCGGGUUGGAGUACACCCGGUUCGUCAACGGCUUCUUCAUGGACUACUGGGGCAUGCCUCACAUCAAGACGCACAUGCCGGCCUUCAAUUUCGCCUUCGACAUAGAGAAUUGCAAAGCCGUCAUUCCCGGAUCCGGAAACGAGCCCCUGACCCUGACCUAUACCGUUGAUGUCGCCCGCUUCAUCGUGCGGGCCCUCGACGUCGUGGAUUGGCCCGAGUUCAGCAUCGUCUCCGGCUCCGACCUCACCCUGAACGAGGCCCUGGCCAAGGUCGAGCGCGUCCGAGGCAAGAAAUUCGACGUGACAUACGACAGCGAGGAGAAGCUCAAGAACAACCAGGCGACCAUCUUGUCUGGAUACGUGGGAAUUCCGGACGAUAUUCUCCAGCCACUGACUAGUGCGUUUGGAAGAACAAUCAUCCAAGGCUACCUCGCCAUGCCGAAGGAGAACAGGAUCAGCGACAAGCACCCCGACAUUCGUCCGUUGACUGUGGAUGAGCUCCUGGCCAAGUCCUGGGGUGCAAAGAGCGCUUAGGUUAUUUUCCUAGGUUAACACUGUCCAUAUUUGUGUCCGGGCAAUUCUAGUCGACAAGCGGUAGGCCCUGUGAGGCAGCGAUAGUCCAUCUAGGCAAAAGAAAAGCCACUCUUGUCACGCUGAAUGCUCACGGUGAAAUACCAUGUCAAAACUGCUCCGAACGUAUGCCGAAUGCCAAAGAAACCAACCAGUAUUGACUAUUUUGGAGUAUCCCCUUAACUACAGCAAGGCCCCAAUGCAGAGUAGUAGCCAAUGAGAAUAGGGUUAUGUUCCUCCCUAAUAAAUUCAAAGGAAUGCAUUACCUCUUAGUGCCUUUAGCGCUUGUACUGCCUGAAGCCGUAGUGGUCAUAAUGGCCUCUUAUAGUCCUCUUCGGUGCAUCAAUGCACUACAGAGAAAAUUAGAGUUUUGGGUGCAGAUUAGGGGCUAGCUGCAGCAGUUGAUACGGAGUUUUCAGUCAAUUCAGUACGCAACAUUCGCGGAAGGAAAGCAUACCUGUAACGCAUUGAACAGACGACUCACAGCCGCAACUCGAUAGGGAACUCUUAGUUGGCAUUUCUUCCGGUGUAUUUUUACUUGUGUUGUGUUACUUCAUCAGACAUAGAAGCUGGUCAUUGCAAGAUCUUUACAGCAAGCGUACUUUCAAGUUAUCACUUUGAUGAUGAAGAUAAUAUUCAAAUCACCAACCCCCGUAAAUUGUUUUUUGAAAACCUGAGCUGCUAACAGCCUGGCUGACGAUUUCCAAAUGUCAAUCUGAUGACCAAGUUCAAGUCUUAGUCAUUACGGCGUAGGAGAGGGUUUUUGAUUUUGAACGCUGAUUGAUGCGAAGAUGGAGAUGGGCUCUGAUAGAACCCUCGCGCUUGAAAAUCAUUCGUAGUGUACGCGAUGGCACAAACCGGCCAACGUGGUUGAUGCAGGAUUACGACCUCCUCUUUCUCACCUCUCCAAUGACUCCGGUAUUCUAGAACACUUGAUCGUAUUCCGAGCGCGUGAUAAUCGCAGCAUUCACGGGCGUCUCCUUGGCAUCGAAACCCUCUAUGAUUGACUUCUUCUGGCCAAGGGAUGAGUGAUUUUGCGGCGCGGACGCCCUUAUCAGAGGUGAAGGGGUUUCUAAGCUAUUAGAGAAAAAAAACAACAACCAAGAGCUGCAUCCAUUUAAUGCGUGCGGAAAGGGCGUGCUAAAAUUGAACCUCCAGGAGCACAGAAACGUCAACAGAAUGUAAGUUGCACUUCAACGACCGCCG